AUGACCUCGCAGCUUAACUCCAUCUUCCAUUCCUUUUCCAACCUCACUCCACAGAGUCAGCGUCUGGCUAUAGCAGCGGCAGCCGGGGUAAUUAUUGGGAUCCCGGUCUUCCGUAUCGCAGCCGAAGACUACCGUGGAUAUAUUGCUCUCGGGCCUGGAGGUGUACCUCACAACCUCAUCGGAUGGAUCGGCCAAAUCCUUCUAAAGCCACUGAAGAAGGAACCUUUUCAUACGAGAUGCUAUGAUGAGAAGUCGUGCGAGGAGGCAGGUCCUAAUGGACAUGUCGCUUUCUUGAGUGAGAAAGAUGUUCCUGUCCGUGAAGCACCGAAGCCAACGAUAGGGAAGUGGACGGCACCAAGUCGGCAGUUGACGGAUAUGGCGAACCAAUCUCUUAUCGAGGGCUACCAGUCAUUCCUGUCAUCUCUAGCAUCAUCGUCCUCGUCAAGGCUCAAGAUCGCAACAUCUCUUGCAGAGCGACGAGGCCCAGCCCUCUUCGUAGCCUCCGAGAAGCCUUCCCAUCCAAUCGCAAAGCGUGCAGGAGGAGAGAUUGGGCAUAUGCAUGGCAGCGAUGGUUCAAUGCAUAUCAACCUGGCUCCAAAGGAUGCAAAGCUUGUUUUGGAGAGAGGCUGGGGUCAGCGUCACCCACUGAGUGGCACUGUUCUGUAUCUGGGUAACGUGAUGGUUUAUGCGCCGAGGAACGAGGAUGAGCUCGAGGUUGUAAAGAGUAUCACACGCGCAGGUGUGAAGUUCAUGCUUGGUGAGGAGUGUUAG